AAGUCAUUUGAUGUGAUACGUAAUUUUUGACGGAACCUUUGUUGGUAUCAAUUUUAUGUUAUUUAUAAAAUGGUUGAUCCAAUAUUCGACUACCAGUUCAGGCUUAUUCUAAUCGGAGACAGUACAGUGGGCAAGAGUUCGUUGCUGAAAUAUUUCACAGAUGGAAAGUUUGCAGAGUUGUCUGACCCGACGGUGGGGGUAGAUUUCUUCGCUAGGAUAAUAGAAGUACAAGACGGGACGAGAAUUAAAUUGCAGCUAUGGGACACUGCUGGUCAGGAAAGAUUUAGAUCUAUAACGAAAUCGUAUUAUAGAAACUCUGUUGGUGCGCUGCUAGUGUACGACGUAUGUAACAGAUCAAGUUUUGAGCACAUACCGCUGUGGAUGAUGGAGGCCAAGAGGCACAUAGAGCCCCACAGACCAGUGUUUGCUUUAGUGGGGUGUAAAAUCGACCUUGUAGGAACAGACAACAAGAAUGGUGCUAGAAGGGAAGUGUCUUGUGAAGAGGCCAGAAUGUUUGCUGAAGAAAAUGGUCUUCACCAUGUAGAAACAUCAGCCAAAACAGGCAUGAAUGUAGAAGAAGCUUUCGUACUUGUGGCCCAAGAAGUGUACAACCGCAUCCAAACAGGAGAGUACAAAGUAGAGGACGGCUGGGACGGAAUCAAGACAGGCUUCAACCGGCCCAAUGGGAUGGACUUCAACUUGCUCGAGGCCGAAACUGUCCAGUCCACUUGUUGUUAAAUGUACAUAUUGACAGUAGUAUAGCUCAUGUAACGCAUAAGCAUAAUUUUAUAACAUUCAAUUAAUUAAGGUUUAGCGCGAAGUUAUUUAUAGUGCACUACACUGUGUAAUGCAUUUGUCUAUGGCCACAGUCAUUGAUCUGCAAUACUCAAAUAUUAAAUCGGUUAAUUAUCGUUCCAUAGAUAAAAGUUGUGUUGGUCUCAAAUUUGUAAAAGCCAUACAGCCUAAACCGAGAACCAAAGAAAAAAAAUGUUGUUAACUUGAUCUUUUAUUGAUUUUUGAAGUCAGUACUAAUACUAACAUUCUAAUAAUUAUAAUUUUACAAUUUA